AAACCUGACAAACCUUCACCCCGGCCCGUGUUCGAGCUACAUCGGCUGUCUUCUUCAGUUUUUCCCUUCCAUCGUCUCCUUCUCCUCCACUCGGUUGGUAUUCUGCAUAAAUUGCUCUAAAUUCUCUGUGCGUAGCCGUAGCCGUAGCGGGUGCGAAGUGAGAACAGAACCAAAUUAGCGCGUCGGAGACAUGGGGGAGGGCGAGUGUGGAUCGUCAACUCCGCCCAAUUCGAAGCAUGCAACAACGGCUUCUGAUAUCGGCGGCGGUGGAACGGCAGCUAAAUUCCUCGCAAACCUCCCUUCUCGCGGCCUCUUUUCCUCCACCGUGCUUUCAUCCAAUCCGGGUGGAAUGCGGGUUUAUAUUUGUGAUCAUGACACAUCACCUCCAGAGGACCAGCUCAUUAAGACAGACCAGAUGAACAUCUUAAUUAGAUCUCUCAUGCUUAAAAAGCAGAAGGCUGAAUCUGGUUCAAAAGAUGGGAAAAGUAUUCCUACGAGUGAAAGUUCAAGAAAAAGAUGUGCGGAAAGAGCACUGGAUGGUAGAGCAUCAGCGAAGAAGGCUGCAAGCAGCAGUCAAGCCGCUUCUCGCCAGGAAGGAACUAAAAACCGUAUGCCUGAACGAGAUUACCACAGCAUGACAGUGGAGAGACUCCGUGCACUCUUGAAGGAGAAGGGCCUUUCCCCGAGAGGAAAAAAGGAUGAAUUGAUUGCCCGUUUGAAGGAGUCCCUUGAAUAAUGUACUCAUCAGAAACUCGGGGAGGCUAAGUUUCCCUUCCCGACCCAUCUGUAAAGCUGUCUGGCGCUAGGAAAAACUGGUUGUAUGAACUUCUAAUGUAACUUUAAGAUGGAGCGACUUUGAACUAAUAUAGAACUAUGUAGUUUUUUGCUACUAAACCUUGUAUCUUCUAUGUAUUGUUUGGUCUUUGGUGUGCCAUUGCAUAUUUCCAGUAUUAAUUUUGGUCAGGUUGUACUGAACUAGUGAAACUUCAGUUAUUAAAAUGUUUAAUAGUGUGCAUGGUACAACA